GGUACCGGCAAGUGUGCUGGCUUCGCUGUGGCCCUUCAUCCUGAUGGUGACUGCAGGCUCCCCUCCUCCGAGGAACAGUGCCCUGACCCGUCUCACCAAGGAGCUGCUACAAACCUACCACAAGGAAGUGAGGCCAGUUCGUGACUGGACGGAUGCCACCACUGUCUACCUGGACAUAUCUUUCCGAGCUGUACUGGACGUGGAUGUACAGACUCAGAAGCUGAAGACCAGUGUGUGGUACCAAGAGGUUUGGGAUGAUGAGUUUUUAUCCUGGAACUCCAGCUUGUUCGAUGAAAUUACGGAGAUUUCCCUACCUCUCAGUGUCAUCUGGGCCCCCGAUAUCAUCAUUAAUGAGUUCGUGGAGGUGGAGCGAUCCCCUGACCUUCCCUACGUCUAUGUGAACUCCUCUGGGACCAUCAAAAACUCUAAGCCCAUCCAGGUGGUCUCUGCAUGCAGUCUAGAGACAUAUGCUUUUCCAUUUGAUGUCCAGAACUGCAGCCUGACCUUCAAUAGUGCUCUACACACAGUGGAAGAUGUAGACCUGGCCCUCCUGAGGAGCAGAGAAGACAUUGAACAGGACCAAAAGAUGCUUUUGAACGACAGCGAGUGGGAGCUGGUUUCCGUGUCCUCCGCCUACAGCAUCCUGGCGAGCCACACUGAGAGCUUUGCUCAGAUUCAGUUUAAUGUGGUGAUUCGCAGGCGCCCGCUGCUCUACGUCGUCAGCCUCCUGAUUCCCAGCAUCUUCCUCAUGCUCGUGGACCUGGCGAGUUUCUACCUGCCGCCCAGCUGCCGUGCCAGGAUCAUGUUCAAGACGACCGUGUUGGUGGGCUACACCGUCUUCCGGGUCAACAUGGCUGACGAGAUGCCAAGGAGUGCAGGGAGCACCCCACUGAUUGGGGUCUUCUUCACAGUCUGCAUGGCCUUAUUGGUGCUCAGCUUAUCCGAGUCCAUCUUGCUGGUGAGAUUUCUCCACGACGAACAUUGCAGCAAGAGAGCACAGCCCCUUCUGUGCCUUCAAGGGCACACCGAGGCUGACGGGCCUCCAACGGACCCCGGGCAUGGCCUUGCGGGGACACCAGACUCCCCCAUCUGUCAAGAGCGCCCGGGCCUGGCGGGGCCCCUGGAUGAAGUCUGGGCCCAGCUACACUCCAUCAAUGCUUCUCUCGGGACCGGGGCGCGGGCGGAGCAGCAGCGAGUCCAGUGGCUGGUCCUCCUGGACCGCUUUGACAGGCUUCUCUUUCACUGCUACCUGGUGGUGCUGGGGCUCUACGCCAUCACCCUGAGCUCCUUCUGGGCACUGUGGAGCGACUUUUGA